GACUUAGCCAAAUGUUAACACCCACUUAACAUAUACUAACCUAACACAUAUAAGUCUACAUCCACUCUCCGAUACGUACCUAAUACAGAGAUAGUUGGACAAACAAACCACUUCAGUUAAUUCGAUUUUAUUCAUGCUCUCAUUUGCAUUCUGUUACUACCCCCCUUUGUGACACGAAGUACCCCCAACCGAGGCUGCACACACACGACUGGUCUCUCCUUUCGCAUCUUCCCCCUCGAUUGUGUCACACAGAAAUUUUAUAGCGCGUCCCGUUUGGCAAAAAAUUUAAGCCUAAUUCCUUACAAGUGAACAAAAAUGGGACGCAGGAAAUUUGAGGAUUACCACAUAACGAGGGACCACAUCAAUGAGUUGUUAAAUUCGCCAAACAUAAUUUAUGAAAAUCCGGGCUCUUGGGACAGCUCUAUCUUCAACGCGCAACCGUCCCGUACGGACAAGCUUCUGUAUCGAAUAGAGUACAUGCGGGACGGGACAGCCAUAUACUACAAGCGGACGUUGGGGGACUUCAAGAAGUUCUUCUGCUGCUUCUAAUAUAGGAUAGAUUUGGCAGCAGCUCGGGCUCACAGGGCUCCGUGUCUGUUCGCCUCCCCGUCGGCCAUGUCUCCUUUGAAUUUUGUAUUUUGAACUUUACGUUUUUAACUUUGCCUUUUCGUCGUUACACUUUGAUCUUUCCAUUUUUGCCUCUCCUAUUUAUAUAUUUUUUUUUUUUUUUUUUG